UGGUACGUAGGUCCCUAGUCCAAAUCGUCGUAGACGAAUUAUGUGGAUUUCGUAUUCCUAACCUCAGAAUGCAGCAUAUUUUGUAAUUUGUUUAAAUAGUAACUCGGAAAUGCAGUGUCACAAAUGGUCUUUAUGAAUUUUUUACAAAAUUAAGAAGUUCUUUAGUUAUCAAAAUGAAAAUCCGGCGGUACAAAAAAUUAAAUAAAACAUUAGGUUUUUUUAUCAAUAAUUUUGGCUUUAGACAACCGUAUCAACUACUGGUAGAUGGCACAUUUUGUUACGCCGCUCUAAAUAAUAAGGUGAACGUCGCGGACAAUAUACCUAAGUAUUUGCAAGGAGAGACUAAACUCAUUACCACUCAAUGUUCUAUCAUAGAACUGGAGAAGUUAGGUCAUAAGUUAAAUGGAGCCCUGUUAAUAUUAAAACAGUAUGUUGUGCACAAGUGUGGACACGAAGGUAAACCAAUUCCGGGUUCAAAAUGUUUGCUUUCCAUGCUGGGAAAAGAUAACAAAAGCCAUUAUGUACUCUGUACUCAAGAUCGGGAGUUGCAAAACGAAGUUCGAAGUUUACCAGGAGUGCCUCUGCUCUACCUACACAUGAAAACUCCUGUAUUGGAAAAAGCUUCAUCCAUAUCUGUCGAAAUGGCGAAACAGAAAAUGGCUGGACUAACUGAAUCAGAAAUACAAGCCUUGCAGAGGCUAAAGGAAACCGAUGGCCCCAAAGUAGACAGAAGCCGAUUUAAAAAGAGAAAAAACAAAAAGCACUGUGCACUUGCCAGCAAUAAGAAAAAAGCGCAGCAGCCUUUGCAAACGGCUAAAACUGACACGGGAAAAGAAAGGCGGAAACGAAUAAGAAUUCCACAACAUGUACGUGAGGAAUUGUUAAAAAAUCAGUUAAAAUAAAACACCAUUGCUUA